CGAUGCCCGUGAUGCCGCCCCGGGCAACCGCCCGUGUCGCCCGUAUCAAAAACCGCUACUGGCUGAUGUGGUGCUUUCGCUCCUCUGUCGCUCCAAAGCCCCAGUCAAGGUCUCGCCCCGGAAGUGGUAUUGAUGUUGGCGGAACAGAAGCUAAGCUAACAGGCUAACGGAGCAAACAUCGGAAGAUGAGAGCGUAAAAGAUGGCUGUCGGUUUCAGCCUGACGACGAUGGCGAUGCGGCGUAUCGCUGAGGAAGAUGUCUGUCUUCUGGAGGUCAAAUGUUUGAGGACAAACAGAGGGAUGGACAGGCAGCUGCAGACAGGACAUCCCACUGACACACAAGAAGAGGAUGCCACACCUGUCUCAGGUGGGCGGAUGAUGGGAGAGAGAGCGGUCACCGUCGAGACUAGCGAUGAUGAACUGGGACGACUGGAUAUUGACCUGGACAGGAAGUCCAAACAGCUGAACCUGACAUCCAGCAACGUGCGCGCCAUCCUGCACGAGGUGAUCACUGAUGAGCGUGUGGUUGCCAUGAUGAAAGCGGCAAUCAGAGACACUCAGGACCUCCCCAUGUUUGAGCCAAAGAUCUGGACUCGGUCCAGACUCAAACAGAGCCUUCAGCCUGUGAACCGGGGUCUGUCUGCAGUGAACAAGGCCCCUCAGUUUAUUGACAUUGAACUUGAGGAUAAUGAAGACUCAUCUGAUGAAGAGUAUUGUCCUGAUGAAGAAGAGGAGGAAGAUACAACUGAGGAGACAUUCCUCAGUGAUGCUGACAGCUUGGCUUCACCUCCCAGAAUGCACCUGGGCUCCCAGAACAAGUCUCCAACACACCUGAGGAUGGACAGCUCCCUGCAGAGAUAUGAAGGAAACCCGCACGACCAGAUGAGUUCCACCUGCGCGCCUCAGCUCCUCCCUCCUCCUGAAUCGUCCUUCCUGGAGAGACUCAAGGCUGUUGAUGAGGAGUUGGACUGCAGCCCCUCCUACACCUACAGUCAGUCUCUGGACAGGAAAUCUGAUGUUGAUGGUGGCGUUGAUAAUGGCUCCAGCAGUUUGGCGUACCGCACACGCUCCAAGCAUCCUCUGGUAGACGUACCUCUGGGUCAGCUGGAGGCGGAGCUUCUGCCUCCUGACAUAACGGCCGACAUGUACGAUGAAAGCACUGCCCAGCGGGAGGAGGACCGCCAUUGGGCAAAGUGGCUGCAGGGCCUAAUGGCCCCCGACUUUGAAGAAGAGGCCGAAGAUGACGACGACCCCGAGUACAACUUCCCAGAGGACCUGGAUGAACCCGACCUGGAGGACUACAGGACGGACCGGGCUGUGCAGAUCACCAAGAAGGAAGUAAAUGAGCUGCUAGAAGAACUCUUUGAAACUCUCCAGGAAGAAGAAGAGGUGGUGGCUGAGGAGGAGGAGCAUGAGGAAGAGGAGCCCCCGUCACAGACUGGCCCUAAGUUCAACGUGCCACAGGCUUUACGCUUUGAGGCACCGUUAGCCAACAUGCUAACAGAGCGGCGGCAGACGGUCAGAAAGCAGUACGAAGCUCAGCAGCAGCGGAGAGCCUUGCAGGACACGACCAAUCACCUCUCCUCAACUCUGAAGGACACACCCACCCAACCUCACAAUACCAUUGCUUCUGUCUUAGUGCUGCCGCGUCGCAUUGGCCCCUCCCUCCAACUGGACCACACCCAGAAACUGCAGCUACAGCACCAGCUGCAGCAGCAUGUGCAACUGCUGACGCAGGUUCACCUGCUGAGUCGCCACAUUGCUGCCCUGAAUCAUGAAGCCUCCAUCACCAAACGCUACCUGGAGGAGCUGCAGCACUUCGCCCACCAUCAGGAGCAAGGCUGCGCCUUCAGCUGUUUCAGGGCAUGUAACCUGCAGGGUGCACUGGACCUCCUGCACGAGGUGGAGCAGAGGGACGAGCCUCCACCUGCUCCUCCCACUCGAGCCUCCAGACGCUGGCUCCCCCAGAUGACCCCUGCAACCAACAGUCUUGCCUUCCCUCUGCUGCCUGCCGACACCGCCUGGCUGUUCGCCACACGACCCGUGUUCCUAUACCCAGAACUACUUCCUGUCUGUAGCCUAGACCCCGCCCUCCACAGCAGGAACCUGAGAACAUUAUACACGCCAGGAGAGGAUUGUCUCAUCGUUCUCGGCCUGAAACACUUCGAGGGAGCAUUUCAGUCCGACGAGCUUAUCAGUUCAUACCUGCUCUGUAAGAGUCGAUGGAACUUCAGGAAGCACGUCAGAGAGAUGAGCAGCCCAAGAGCACCUGACAAUGUCAUCAAGACAUUUGUGACGAAGGGCGUCGUCCCGCCGCUGCCACUCGCCUGCAGCAGAGUCCAGCAGGAGGACCAGCGCCCCCCGGUGGACAGAGAUGGUGAAAACAUGCCAAACUGGCUCAAGAACAGUCGCCCAAGCAUCCAGAAGACCCGCUCAGAUGCCCGUUACCCCUCCUGGCUUCCUCCAAGCUGCACUCUCAGGCUCCACCCCAAUUAUAUCAACAGUUACCGCCCCCGCCCCCGCACCCACAGGCGCGUCUUCGCACUGGCUCAUAAUGAAUCUCUGCUGCCACUCGCCAAAGCACAGGAGGAUCUGCCGGUGGAGCCACACGGAGAGAAACAGGUGGACAUGCGCUUUUUACCUGUUUCAGGUGUCACGUUAUUUUCUGCCCCCACUGCUGUGUCAGGAGCCCUACCAUUGGCACCAGCUUCUAUCUCUGGAGCGGUCCCACUGACUGCUGCUCAUCCAGGCCCCGCCCACCCCGUGUGUGCCAAGGUGAUGCAGUCCUGCCUUCCUAUUGGCCAAAAUACACCACAUACCGUGUCUGCACAGGAGAGCCCCACCCCCUCGACACUUCUACUGCCCAUUCCCUCUCUCACAAGUCCUAGCACUACAAACACACUGAAGCCGGGCUGCCUCCUCCUCCAGAUGGUGUGGACUCCCCCAGCUCCUCCCACCUCCCCCCAAAAUGUUUUGGAGCAUCACAUCCACGGGCCAAUCAAUGGGCAGCAGGAAGAGGUCUUUUCUAAGCAGGAAAAGCUAAAGCAGGAAGAGGAGAGCAUGGUCUUGGUAUCAACACUCAGCCUGACGUCAUGUACAGGAGAUGUGGAAGAAGAGGAGAGGCGGGAGGAGCAGAGACAGGAACAGGAGGAAAAGGCAAUUGUUAUUGGUGUCAGUUUGAAUGGAGGAGAAAACAAUGGUCAGGAGCAGGAGCAGUGGGGACGGGGAGGAGAGGGGGGAGAAGGAGGCGAAGCAGGUGAGAAUGAGCAGGGUGGAGAGGAAGAGGAAGGGAGACAGAGGGAGGAGAGGAGUGGAGCGAGAGACGACAGUGGAGGGAAGGAUAAGGACGAAGAUCAGGACCGACAUGGAGAUGAUGAUGAUGAUGAGGACUUUGAUGACCUCACACAGGAUGAAGAUGAGGAAGAAGUGAUGUCAUCAGCAUCAGAGGAGUCUGUUCUGUCGGUUCCAGAGUUACAGGAGACAAUGAAGCAGCUGACGUGGCUUGCGGCGGAGCAGCGGCUCUGUACAGAUGGCGACUCAGAGGAGGAGCACUCUCCCACCUCUCCUGGGUCGCAGGAGGAGGAAGAGGAAGAGGAGGAGGGGCCAAAAGGAGAGGACUCAGGGGAGGGGCGGAGCAAAAAAGCGGGUUUAGACGAGGAGACGCCGUCCAGAGAGCGGACGCCUGGAGGAGUAGGGGGGCGAUGUCCCGGACGAGGACGAGGCCGAAGCCAACCUCAUCGUGGCCUCAGGAGGAGCCGUCAGGAGCGCCACAGCAAAGAUGGCGCCAAACUGCUGCUGCUGUAUGACGAAAACAUCCUGGACAACGACCCGCACAGAGAGAGCAAAGACAUGGCGUUCGCACAGAGUUACCUCAGCAGGGUGCGUGAGGCACUGCAUGAUGUACCUGAGCAGGUGGAGGAGUUUGUGUCUCUGCUGAGUGAGUUUGAGCAGGUGGGAGAUGGACAGGAAGUGAUGCAGCUGUUCAGGAAACUGCGCUGCAUCCUGGGAAACCGGACAGACCUCCUCCAAGACUUCGCCGCUUUUCUGCAUCCUGACCAGGCGCUGCUGUGUGGACUGUUCGACGAGCAGCAGGCGUUUGAGCGCAGCCGCCGUUUCCUUCGACAGCUGGAGAUCAGCUUUGGAGACAAUCCGUCGCAUUACCAGAAGAUUAUCAAAGCUCUGCAGAUAGGCCAGGACCUCAGUCCCACCAGCGUCCACGAGCUCAAAGCUCAGAUGUCUAUGCUGCUCAAAGGCCACACCCAUUUACAAGCUGAAUUCUGGGUGUUUUUUGACAAGCUCCGCCCACCUCCAGCGCAUCCUGGACAGUUUGAAGAAACCCAUUGGCCAGAAGAUGGAGGCGGCGGGUUGGAAGGUGGAGAGGGCGUCAGCCAAAAUUCAGGAGGCGGGGCCAGUGGCGGGUUUGAGGAGGUGACGUUGCCAGAACUAGAAGAGGAAGAGGAGGGACAUAAGAUCCAACCAAUGACAAACCGGCGUCAGAGAAGGAAGAUGGACUCUCACAGAAACUACAAGGGCUGUGAUUGGUCCGAUAAAGACUGGGUCUGCCCUUGUCGUGAUUCAAAGAUCCAGAAACACAAGAGGAAAGGAUGCACCCGCUGCCAUGGCAAUAAGACCUCAGGGGGCGUGUCCAGGGCCAUGAAGAGUCUGGACCCACUCUACUCUCAGAUAAGUGCUACCCAUGAUGAACCAGCUAACAAAGACCUGGACCUGAAGGGGGGCGACGACAGUCCCCUGCCAGAUCGGUGUGAUGCAUCAUGGGAAGGCUCGUUUCCACUGGCUGAUACAAAAGAGGAGGAAGAGGAGGGCGAGGAAGAAGAGGAGGAGAGGAAAAAGGAACAGAGCCCAGCAGCAAAGAGGAGCAGGAGAGAGGAGACACUGCAACCGCCACCUGUGACCCUCUCCAUCACCUCUACCUGCACCUCCACGAUCUCUACUUCCUCCUCUGUAGCUUCGCCCUCCACUACAGCUUCCUCCACGUCUGCAGCCUUCUGCACUCCUCCUCGGUUAGCUCCUCUUCCUCCUGACCUCCCUGUCUGUGCCAAAAACAUUUCUCUGACUGCAAGCGGGGAGAAAGUGAUCCUGUGGACAAGAGAAGCAGACCGGGUCAUCUUGAAGACAUGUCAGCAAGAAGGAGCCAAUCAGAACACAUUUCAGGCCAUUUCCAGCCUGCUCGGCAACAAGACUCCCAGCGAGGUGUCCCGCAGGUUUCGGGAUUUGAUGCAUUUGUUUCGGACAGCAGCACGUCAGACCAGCUCAGAGGAUGAAGCCCCACCCAUUGAGACAGAAGCAGCCAAUGAAACGGAAGACUGAUAUUAACCAGUCAGAAGAUCUUAUCCAAUGAAAAAGCAACGCGUCUUUUAUUAAAAAUAAAAGAAAGCAAACACUGAUGUGUUUACUGUCCAUAAAAAAUCUGUAAAUAUUAACGUUCAGAAGAUUUAAUAUUAUGUUGUCUUUUUGUUUUUUAAGUCAAUAAAGAAGUUUUCCAUGA